AUGACUGUUGACAAUGGAAUUCCUCUUUGCAUAUUGGAUUACUCAUUCAGUGAGAAAGACGGUAGUGAGCUUAUUCAAGAUCUACCGAUAGCCAUGGAGGACACCUUUGGUCUGUCAGACCAUCACAAGUUUCCUUCCGGGAAAGAGAUGAUUACUGAGAGCCAAUUCGCAGCAAACAAAGAAAAGAUAAGUUUAACCAACAAUGGAACCGCUCCUCUUUCAUUGUCAGAUUAUUCGUUCAUGUCAUUACCCUGCGAGUCAGAUGGUACUGAGCUUGCCCAAUAUCUGACCAUGGACAACACCUUUGAGCUCCGGAAACAUGAAAUGUUUCAUUUUGCGGAGGAACUCAAGAGCCAUAAUUUAUUUGAUAUCUUUCCUUUUGAUGAGGAACUGAUAAACAAUUAUAAAAUGUCUGGACAGUUGAACGGAAAUUCUCACUCAGGGAAUUCCCAGACAGUAAAUUAUAUUUCGGUGCUAGGAGAACAAUAUCGUGAUGAGAUGCUACCAAAUAACGAUAUCCUGUCGUCAGAGCAAAUCUUGAAUUGGAAAGGAUCUGAGCGCUUAAGUAUAUGCGCUAAGGAUACCUCCGAUCACGAGGCGAUGAAUGGAGAGGAAAAGAAGGGGCUGGAAUUGGUUCAACUUCUUCUAGAGUCUGCACGAAUGAUAGGCGAGGGGAAAUAUGAUCACGGUGCUGGACUGGUGAGCAAAUGCCAAAAUUUGUCUUGUCAGCUGGGGAAUCCCACACAGAGGCUUGGCCAUUAUAUGUGCAGUGCAUUACAAGAUAGAAUCAAACGUCAGACUCUCGGCAUGUUAAAGAACUCUGCUAAAACUGUCCCUGAUUUUGCCUUCAAUAUUGAGGGAGAAUUUGAUAAAAAUGAGUUUUGUAGUCUCCUUGCUCACUCUAAUAGAGUUCUGCCCUAUAUCAAAGUUAUGCAGUUCACGUCUGUACAGGCAAUCAUAGACGUUGUGGGCAAUGCCAGGAGAAUUCAUGUAAUUGAUCUAGGAAUGCGAAUUGGUUCGCACUGGACAGUAUUGAUGGAGUAUCUUGCACACAGAUCAGUUUCCUCUUCUUUUCAUACGCUACAGCUUCUCAAGAUUACAGCAGUUGGGAUGAAUGGCGAAGAGCUUAGGAAAAGCGGAAAAAGACUUCAUGAGCUGGCUAAAUCUUGGGUGAUUCCGUUUUCGUACAGUAUUAUUGAGAUCACUAACAUCGAGGAGAUUAAGGAAGGUUUAUUCAGCGUUAAAUCUUGUGAGGCGUUGGCAGUUUAUGCUCCAAUUGUUCUGAGAACUUUGUUAUACGACCCCGUCCUUCUAGACAAUCUCUUAAUUGUUAUCAAGAAACUGAGGCCAAUGAUAAUGGUGAAUGUUGAAAUAGAAGCCCAGCAUAAUUCUCCUUAUUUUGUCAAUAGAUUCAGAAAGGUGCUUUUCAGUUACAUGGCGUAUUUUGAUCUGUUGGAUGUUACCAUAAAAGACAGAAAUGAUAUGAAUAGGGUGAAGCAUGAAGAAUUAAUUACUGGAAGUCAGAUAGGGAAUAUGAUAGUCUAUGGGGGGAAGGAGAGGACUGUUAGGCAUGUUAGAAAUGAUGUGUGGAGGUGUUUCUUCAAACAAGCAGGGUUCAAGGAAAAGAGCUUCAGUUUUCAAGCUAUGUAUCAGGCUAGAUUGUUACUAGAAGAACAUGCUUCCGGAGAAUAUUAUACUCUGGAAGCCCAUGGACAUGCCAUAAUUGUAAAGUGGAAAGGAUCACCAUUAAUCGCACUCUCCGCGUGGGGUGGUAUCAACUGA